CAAGAGCUGCUGCUCCUGCAGAGUCCAGCUCUUCCUUCCUCUCUCUCUCUCUGUCUCCACUGGCACCGGGCGCCUCUUUUCCCCCAGUGAGACAGUCACUCAGACUCAGAGAGAAGAGACGAGACUCUGAGAUCUGCUUCACUGAAUACGUUAAUGGAUUGGAGGAAGCCAGCAUUCAUUCACUCCAUAUAUGAAUGUAUUUGAGUGCUUGAGUGACUGAAAUCUUCCGGGGGAGAGGUUGUCGAGCUGCCGCUCCACAUUCUUGUUUCGAUUCGAUCUGAUCGAUCGAUCGAUCGGUGAUUCUGCUGCUGCUGCUGCUGCUGUGCUAGGAAAAGAAAGGCUGUCAAGAUGUAUGGAUUUGAGGCUAUGACCUUCAAUGUGCACGGAGGCUUCCUGGAAGCCAUCGUGCGAGGCUACCGCGCUGGAAUGUUGACCGCUGCCGAUUACAACAAUCUGUGUCAGUGUGAAUCUCUCGAUGACAUUAAAUUGCACCUCUCUGCCACCGAUUACGGCCCAUAUCUCGCCAAUGAGCCAUCGCCCCUACACACGACCACCAUCGUGGAGAAAUGUACUCAGAAGUUGGUUGAUGAAUACAACUUUAUGCUUACGCAAUGCUCAGAACCUCUUUCGACGUUUUUAGAGUACAUCACGUACGGGCAUAUGAUUGACAAUGUGGUGCUCAUAGUCACCGGGACUCUUCACGAGAGGGAUGUCAAUGAAUUGCUCGAAAAGUGCCACCCUCUGGGUAUGUUCGACAGCAUUGCCACUCUUGCCGUCGCCCAAAACAUGCGGGAAUUGUACCGACUAGUCCUCGUGGAUACGCCACUGGCGCCGUACUUCUCCGAGUGCAUUACUUCCGAAGAUCUGGAUGACAUGAAUAUAGAGAUCAUGCGUAACACUCUGUACAAAGCCUACCUGGAGGACUUCUACCAGUUUUGUCAGGGUCUUGGAGGCGCCACAGCUGAGCUUAUGUGUGAUUUGUUAUCUUUCGAAGCCGACUGGAGAUCAGUGAACAUCACAGUGAACAGCAUUGGAACUGAGCUGACACGUGACGAUAGGCGUAAGCUUUACUCCAACUUCGGUCUCUUGUAUCCUUAUGGUCAUGAAGAGCUCGCAGUAACGGAGGACUUCGAUGCGGUCCGUGGUGCUGUUGAAAAGUACCCACCAUAUCAAGCAAUUUUCUCCAAGCUCUCUUUUGGAGAAAGCCAAAUGCUUGACAAGGCUUUCUACGAGGAGGACGUCAAGAGAUUGACACUUGUCUUUGAGCAACAGUUUCAUUACGCCGUCUUCUUCGCCUACAUUAAACUGCGAGAGCAAGAGACCCGAAACUUGAUGUGGAUCGCAGAAUGCGUUGCGCAGAAUCAGAAGUCAAGGAUUCACGACGGUAUCGUGUUUAUUUUCUAAAUACUUACCCGACUUAUUUGUAGAAUAUGUAAUGGUAGAUUUUUAUUAGUACAUGUGCUUGAGCGUUCGGAUUUGAUCGAUUUGUGGAGAUAGAUGACUACUUAGGUCACCUUAUCUAAUGGCAUAAGUGCGUCGUGGAUGGCAACCUAUUCUCGAUCGCACACUUUUUGGCACCCUCCGAACGAUACCAAACUGGAAAUAAAAUGACAUGGGCAUCGCCUCGGAUAAGUAGUAGAAAUUUCUAGGAGAGAUUGUAAUAAGAGUUAUUCUUCCAUUGGGUAUCUGUUCGGCCCUUUCGGUGUUCAUCGGUGUGAUUCUGCCACGCUUUAGAGCAGAUUUCUCAGAUUCUGAGCAAAAGAAUGGUGAAACGAAUUUUACCUCCAGAUCUAUGGUGGAAAUACAGUCAAGAAAACUUAGCUUACAUUCAGCUCGAUACCUUACCUUGUUGAGCGGCUUCCAAGAUACCGAUGAGCGAGCUCGCUCUUGUUGAUUGCUGUUUCAUUAAUGGAAAAUAUUUAGUCAUGUGAUCAGAUAUGAGAGGUACAAAGCGCUGUAAAAGAUGGGUGCUGCAGGGGUGAGGAUCGUUGGGCGUAAGAAGACUGGACUUUUAAUGUUAAAUCAUGACAUUUUAUAGUACCUCCCAGUAUGUCAAUUUUUAAGCUUACCCGUUUUUAAGUAUAGAGACAUAUCUGG